AAAAAAAUCAAACUAUCACUUUGGAUUAUCUUAAAGAAUGCUAACUCAAUAAAUGGGUGUGUGGUAUUAUUUUAACGUCCAAUAAUAAUUGUGAUUGUGUAAUAGACUACUUUUUAAUGAUUUUCUAUUCCAUUUGGCAUCAAAAGAAAGUUAAGUUAACAAGUGUGCUUGCUUUUAAUAUUGAAACAUUGUGAAUUUUGGAAAGUUGUUUCUACAAAAAAAUGGAAAAUGGUCUAUUUAGCUGCUUAGUUAAAACAGAAGUGUCUCGAAAUGAAUUGGCUUCUGAUGAAUUUAUUUCAAAAUGUUGUGGUGAAAUAAGCUAUAAUAUUGGAAGUGAUUGGUUGCGAUGGGGAAGACACCUCGGUCUAAGUGAUUCAGAUCUUGAUAACAUUGGUUCUGAUAACAAAAAUUGUUAUGAAAAAGCUGAUAAUGUUUUUAAGAAAUGGAAGCAAAAAAUUGGAAAUCCUUUAUGGGAGCAAUUAAAAAAAGAAUUAAUGGCUUUUAAUCGAUUAGAUAUUGUGAUUAAAAUUGAAACAAAAUUUGGAGAGAUUUCAAGUUCACCAAACAAAGAUUCCACCGUUUCUUUCAACAAAGAUUUGUUGAGGAUGUCGGCUGAACUUAAAAAAUUUUAUCUUGAAUAUUAUGGGAAAAUAGGUGAACUUCAACCACUAAUAAAAGCAACUGCAGACGUUGAUCUUAUACAAAAAUUUGUUGACCUCUGUAUCGUUGAUGCAGUAAAUGCUCAAGUGGAACGCUCAGUGGAUGCUGUUUUUAGUGUUGAACGGAAGAAAUUUCUUGAAAAGCAGGUGCUUUAUACACCAAUUUCAUAUAGUGAAAUAUUUUGAAAGAAAAAACAGUAAUAUUAAUAUCUGGAAUUGCUGGUAUUGGGAAAACAUGGUUGCUUAGAAAAUGUUUGCUUGAUUGGUCAAAUGGUUUAAUUUGGAAAAAUGUUGAACUUGUUUUUUAUUUUGAAUGCAGGAUACUCAAUUCAUAUGCAAAUAUUUCUAAUAUUAAUGAAUUAUUAAAUAUUUUCUACAAGGAUAUCAUAAACGAUUUUAAAUUUAGUAGUCACACUGCACUGUUUAUAAUUGAUGGUUUCGAUGAAUUUAAAUAUUUCAAUGAGUUAUUAAAUCCAAGUUUGACCAACAUUCCGAUUGUUAAAGUUUUACGAGAAAUUCAAAAAUACAAACAUGUAAUUGCUGGCAGAGUUUAUGCAGUUGAUCAAUACCAAAGUAUAUCUACAAAACAUAGUGAUAAGUUGACCAUUCAAAUAAUGGGAUUUAAUGAAAAUGGAAUAAAUAAUUAUGUAAAAAAUCAUGUUGUGAAA